UAAUAUCUCUCCCCUGCCACUCUUUCCUUCCUUCCGCUACUAGGAAAGCACCCCGACAGAAAUUCGGGGUAGUCAACUGUCGGACAAGCCAGAGCUCAGAUCAGCUCCCACACGAGAAGGGCUAGAGAAAGGAGAAGAGGAAACCAGUUUGAGAGCUUACAGUCUUACACUUUCUCCCAAAAUCCCAUGCACGUCAAUUUCAAACUACUUUUACUCAUACAAGAUUUAUCUCAAAGUUCUUAACGGCUCAAACUCGAUAUAAAAUUCCCUUUGUUCUCUCCGUCAAGCAGGUGAAUUGUUCAGGGGAAGGCGGAACAGAGUCCGUAAACGUGGUGCUCAAGAGAGGAGAAAUUAGUCAAGAUCCUACGUGCUGUAAACACCUCACAUAUUCUCAUUCACAUGAAAACGAGUGGACGUGAGAAGUAGUCGGAAGAAACACGAUCCGCUGACACAAUGAACAGCAUUUAAUUCUGGCAUACAUAACUUUCUUCUCUCUCCCACAUACUUAAAUACUGGCUUCUUGAUGGCCACCGUAGUUGACAAAGGAACAAGUUGAAUAAACUAGAUUACAAAAUAGAGGCUAAAAACUUGUAUGUUUCAUUUCUUCGCAAAUAAGCAGUAGAGAAAACCGUGUUAUGAACACAAAUGGUGCAAAAAUUGUUGCAACCCUUAUAAACGAUUGAACCCUAAUUUGGGUAUAAAGUGCACGUUCGUGUUCUCUCCUGAGAAUAGGAUAAAAGCCGAGACAGAAAACAUCGUCCGAGCGACCAUGGAACUUUAAAAGUUCAUCAAUAAUCUUGGACCGAAGUUUGGCCACAUCAACGCCAUUAGCGUCAAGUUAAACUUCCUCAAGUGCUCGCCUCCUUCUGUCUCCUUCCACCUUAGACGCUGCUUUGUUGUUUUCCAAAAGCCAGUCGGUUUACCCACACAAAGUCAUCGGAUCGUCCAUCCUGUGCGUACGUGGAUGCCCAAGCAUUGAUGUGCAAAUAGCCUCUCUUUUGACCCUCCUUGCAAAGUUUUGCCAUCCUCCUCAUGCCCGGCGUUGCUCUUUGGAGGUGAACAUUGGAGCAACAAAAGACGUGUGGGGCUGUAACAGCCGGAUUUAGCGAGAGACAUUUGCUGAUUAAGUGGUUAUAAGCGUAAAGUGGUUGUAGUUUGCAUAUGCUAAACAAGGAUUUGUAACUUACUUGGUGACAGGAAAAGGACAUGUAAGUGGAUUAGUUAAAUGUCAUCGGGUGAGGUGUGAGUGAGCGAGUGUGCUGUCUCCUCUUUUCGUCACCUACAUAAUUUCUAGCAGCCUAUAGACUGACUAUCAAAGCUAAAUUUGGACAUUUCUUCCCAAGCACUUAACUCAAAUUGCAAGAUAUGGACCUUCCAUUCGACGACGACGACAACAACGUUCUGGGGCUGUCCCCCUCUUCCUCUCCCUCGACACCUGACUGUGGGGGAGAAUGCCCAGCACAAGGAAACGACUCCUCGCUCCUCCUCGAAGGGAAUGAGACUCGGAACUAUCUCAACAUUACCACGGAAAUCCCCAUCGAGUACGCUCAACCCUUGUACGGCUACUGUGUACCAGUUCUUUUCGUGAUUACCAUCAUCGCCAACACCCUCGUCGUGGUAGUGCUGGCGAAACGACAUAUGCGUACACCAACAAAUGCAGUGUUGAUGGCAAUGGCAAUUUCUGACAUGCUGACAGUCCUCUUCCCAGCUCCUUGGCUGCUCUAUAUGUACACCUUUGGAAACCACUACAAACCGUUCUACCCGUUAGCAGCUUGUUAUGCCUGGUCCAUGAUGAACGAGACGAUUCCAAACUUUUUCCACACUGCAUCCAUCUGGCUGACUCUGGCACUGGCAGUGCAACGGUACAUUUACGUCUGUCAUGCACCCGUCGCCCGGUCGUGGUGCACCAUGCCUCGAGUGCUCAAAGGCAUCACUUGGAUAUACGUCGUCGCAUUUCUCCACCAGUCGACCAGAUUUUUUGACCGAGUUUACGUCACCACCGAGAUUGUUUGGGAAGGGGAGUUGAGACCAGUCUGUCGCAUGGAACACGCACAAUGGUUGAACACCAUCACUCUGGACGUCUACUUCAACGUUUACUACUGGUUUCGAGUCAUCUUUAUUCAUUUUAUCCCAUGUGUUGCACUCAUUGUCCUCAACUUUCUCCUCUUUCGAGCCAUGCGGCAAGCAAUGCAAAAACGACUGCAGCUAUUCAAAGACAAAAAGACGAGCGAGUCCAAGAAAAUGAGAGAGUCGAAUUCCACAACAAUUAUGUUAAUUGUUGUGGUCACAGUAUUUCUUUUGGUUGAAGUUCCACUCGCCGUCCUUACCGUGCUCCAUAUCAUUUCGAGCACAUUAUUUGAAUUUCUUGACUACUACGUGGUGAACAUCUGUAUCCUCUUUUUCAACUUUUUCAUCAUUGUGAGCUACCCAAUCAAUUUUGCCAUUUAUUGCGGGAUGUCGAGACAAUUUCGAGAGACGUUCAAAGACCUAUUUGUCCGUGGUGGGUCCACGGCGAAGAGAAAUGGUUCAUCGCGAUACUCUCUAGUCAAUGGGCCCCGUACGUGCACGAACGAAACUGUUCUCUGAUCCACGCCCUUCAUGCGAGCCGUGCUUUCCACGCGGAGCUGUCAUGAUGAGAGCCAGUGUCCGAGUGAAAGCAAGAAAAAGGGCCACCACCACCAAAGACUUACUCCCACCACUCCCCUAAUUGAAGGAGAGCCUUCCAAAGUAGUAGUAGUUGAGAACAUGCCUGGCACAACGACGACGACCGUGGUGGAGUUAGUGGUGACCAACAUGAAUUCUUCCAGCCCUGUGACAGUCGUGAAAACGGGUGAGGAGGGGCAGAACAGCUAUGGCGGGGGUGGCAGCAGAAGUAGCAGUAUCAGAAGCAGAAGCAGCCGCGGUUCCACCACCACCAAGAAGAUGGACUUGCAUGAAAGUGAUAAAGACAUAAUGGUCAUGACUUCUAUGAAGAACUUUGAAAACUUUCAACAGGAUGAGAUAUUGAUCCAUGGGAAGAGUGAUCCCCUCAGUCGGAAAACUAGUCUUUGAUAGAGCGCGAUUCUAUCAAUCAGCAUAGUUUGCUACCAAAUUGCAGAGCAGUGGACGGAACAACAGCGCUUUAAUGGAGUUUGGAACCACGUCGUGUAUCCCUCUUCAUCAUCAGCGCCAUACAAUGUUUGUGCCAUCAAUUAUUGCACCGUCAUCAUCACCAAAGUGCUAGCCUUCCCGUGCUUAAGUAUGCGCUCGACAAACAAACGAUGGCUCAACUCGUUCUGCAACAUCUGUCAUCACAACCCCAACAUUCGGAUACUUUAGCCGAGCUGACUUUGGUCAAGGAGUAAGAACUAUGCCAUCCGAGGACCAAGUGGUGCAGGCAGACUGAAGUUUUUCGAGACAUCAAAUACCCGUCAUCUUGGCCCGUUGAACCACACACGACAACAAAACUUGUGCACGUAAGGUACCAAACCCCGCAUUAUUAGCAUCAUCAUGAAUGAAGCAAAAAGAGAGAUGACACCGUGCUGGCAACUUUGUUGAGCUAGCUAAAUAUUAUUCACAUCACCAUUCAAACCUUAAAUCCCUUUCUGCAACCAAAUGCGAAUUUGUGCCCUCUGCUGCAGGGAGUUGAAUCGAGUUACUUUUUCCAACAUUUCUCUCCACGGAAUUGAACCAAUCCCCGCAUCUUGUGCUACCAACAAAGUUGACAAUUUACUAUAUCGCGUACUACAUGCCAUGGAGAAGGAGGAGGAUGAAGGUUAGUUUCUGCUGGUUUACAGAGAAAAGUGAAACCAGAGAAUGGGAAAUGUCGGUGGUUGAGUCGUUGAUCCAUGAAAUUCAAAUAUAUUUCUAUACCCCAAAAGUAAUAAAUGCUAUAAACGAGAGAUUUCCUCUUUCUUCCCAUCAUUUUGGGGUUCGUUCAAGAAUUGAAAGUUGUCCAAGUAUGGGACAUUUCGCCCAAUGGUGUCUCUCAUGACUUACAUUCGCAAGUUCAUGCAUGCAACCAACGCGGCACAUUCGCUACUAAUCUCAGCAUUUGUAUCGAUUCCAUUUCUCACGGUGAAUGGCACAUCGUCAAAAACUUGAUCUUACUUAAGUAGAUAUUUAAGUGAUAUGUAUAUAUAUUUAAUGUAUAUGUAAGUAUAAGAAAUGUGAAUUAUUUAUCUUUCCAACUCUGUGUAUAAAUCAAGAAAUAUGACAACUAAUCCAUUGGAGAAGAAAAACUUUCCCGAAUGUGGGAAAGUAGUAAGUAGUAAUUUAUGUACGCACGUAGGAAUAUUUAGUUGGGCGGACUUUUUCAAGCUCAAUCGAAAUUUUAUCUAUUCAGAUUCGUUUUCGUUUUCAUUUAUAUGUAUUUAUUAUUCUCUCGGCAGACCUGCAGCUAUUUAUUUUAUCUUCACUCGUGUACACAGUUGACAGAGUACAAAUGUCGGUAAUACUUGUUAUGUGCUAUGAAAAUGUGCUACGAAAGUAUAUACACGAAUAUUAUUUCUAAUAUCUGCUUUCUUUUCUUCGUGUCUGAGGAUGAGAUUAACCAAGUUUUUAUCUGGACUAUGUUUUUGUUGAGCAUUUCAUAGAGUUCAGAUAAUUAUUCGGGGAGGAAAAUACUCAAUUACUCGGGAGCUAAGGGGAUAUCUAACUUAGGGAUUUUUUGUACAUGCAUGGGUGACAGAGACACGUCAACAUGAAUGAAAUGUAUAAAUAUACAGCGAAAAUGAAAAACAAAUGGAUCUUUAGACCAAAACUGAGCCCUCGGUCUAAAUUUGCAUUCGUUUGAUGCAGAGUGUAACUACUUCCUAGUGGUGAAAGUGUGAAAGUUGUGAUAUUUAGAUUUUAAACAACAUGGACGUACCUUUUCAAAGUAAUUGAUAUUUAGUUCAUGGAUCUUUAGGCGAUUUUUAUACAGUACAAUUAUUAUUAUAGAACAGCUAUAUAACGUGCUCGUAUAUUCGUACAUACUUAAAUACAUACAUUCAAAUAUGCAUAAAUCGGCUAUUUAAAUAGUGCAUGCUACGUAAAUAUGUAAUAUAUGGUGCACACAUAUUUAUAUUUAUGAGGUGUUGUCGUUGUACUGUUUACUAUUAAAGAACUCGCAGCUUAAUAUGUGUAUGAAAAAAUAUUUAUGCGGAGCGUAGUUUACAGUGGACCAGUAAGUACAUUUAUCAUGGAAUGAAGUCUACAGAUAAUCCAAAAAAAUUUUGGUUUAUGAAAUAAUUUAAGAGGAAAAAUAUAACUCUUGGUGCAUACACUUACUUAGAUUCGUAUAUAAAUAAAUAUCUCAAACUUAUAGAAUAUGCGUAAUAUCUAUCCGUAUAAUUAAUUCAUUAGAUUAUUGCUGAGAAAUAUAUACAAACUUAAGUCCAAGAUUCAAGAGAUUCAUAUAAAUAUUUACCAAAUCAAUGUAUAUUAUAAAAAUGUUAAAUAUUCUUAAAACCUAAAUUAAUUAUAGAAUCAUACAUAUGUAGACAUGAUUAGGGGCAGAUGUAUGUAUGUACUUAACUUACAACAGUAUUACCGUGUAGCUCGUAUCUCACAAAACGAAAAGUGAUUAAAUAAAUAUAAAACCGUAAAUUAAAGCCGUGAAGUUACUCAAAUAUUAGAAAUUAUUUCAGAAAAUAAACAAUAAAUUUUGAAUUAGUGCA